AUGGAAAAUUAUACGAAGGAGCAAAUUGUUGGAAGAGGCGCCUAUGGAACUGUUUUUCUUUGCAGGCGAAAAGAUGGUGGUCCAAACGCUCAGACAUGCAUUCUCAAAGAAAUUCCAAUGGAAACGAUGAGCCAGGAAGAACGCGAAUCAGCUAGAAAUGAAGUAGAAAUUCUAAAAGUUCUCAAUCAUCCGAAUAUCGUGCGCUACAUCGAUUCGGAGUUCCAGUCCCGCGCCAUCGUCAUUGUCAUGGAAUACGUCACUGGCGGAACCUUGUUCGACUUUAUUCAACGAAGAAAAGACGACUAUAUCCCAGAAGAAAAAAUAAUCAGCCUCUUCGUGCAAAUCACCGUCGCAUUGAGCCACAUUCAUUCAAAAAAUAUUCUUCACAGAGAUCUGAAAACGCAAAAUUUACUUAUUGAUAGACACCACCAAGUCGUCAAGAUUUCUGACUUUGGCAUUUCGAAAGUUUUGAAUUCAAAGUCGAAAGCGCUCACUGUCGUUGGAACACCAUGUUACAUCUCCCCAGAGGUCUGCGACAAGAGUCCCUAUAAUCAAAAGUCCGAUAUUUGGGCGCUUGGAUGCAUUUUAUACGAGCUGUGCAUGCUGAAAAGGGCGUUCGAAGCUGCCUCUCUUCCUGCGCUUGUGAUGAAGAUCAUGAGAGCAAACUACGAUCCCCGCCACCGAUUUACUCAGAAAACCUCCGACGAAUCAUUUCAAAGUGCCUCUCCUUGGAACCUCAUCGUCGGCCAACGACAAGUGUUUCUCUGGGGCGAUGGGCACCUGACCCCAAGAGAGUUACCAGUGCCGAAUGAUGUUGGAGUUGUGAACAAUGUUCUGAUCAGUGGUGGUGUUAGGGUUGGAACGACAGAUCAGGACAUCGUUCUCGCCUGGGAUGCUUCAGUCUCGGCUAACGGCCUGGCUCAAUACGAGCCAAGGCGAAUCGGCAAGUCCAAAUUUCGAGAUGUGGCAGCGGGUCAAGGGUUUCUCGCCGCCAUUACUGAUCGAGGAGUUCUCGUCGUAGCAAAGGCACCUGAUUUUGACCCUCAAAUUGUCGAGUCAUUCCUGGGUAUGGACUGUACUCAAGUUGCUGCCGGUCCAAGACAUGUUAUCGCUCUCACUGCGGAGGGCGAAGUAUGGUGUGUUUUCAAUGAUAAGCUGACGGACAUAACAACAGUCAAGCGAUUAAAGCCCGAGCUUUGCCCGCUAAACAAAAACCAAAAUACCCCCGCUCAGAAAAUUUUUUGUGGCCCUGGUGCAUCCGCCGCUAUCACUGAAACGGGCCGAUUGUAUGUCCGAGGACGGAAUGUCGAAAACCGGCUCAUGCUUGACAGGCCUUCUUCGAUGGUCAAUUCUGCUGACUCUUUUACAGAAGUGAAGCUUGAUUUCCCUGUCAAAUCGAUCACCAUUGGCGAAAAUCAUUCGGCAGUGAUUUCGAAUUUCGGAAAUCUUUACCUUGUCGGAAGUAACAAGCAUGGAGCAUUAGGAGAUUCGUUUUCCAGUUCCCGUUCAGUCGUGCUGAGAGAACUAGCUUGCCCGGUUAGCCAAGUUGCCGUGGGAAUAGCGUAUACUUGUGCGCUGUGCCAAGACGGGACAAUUUGGACAUGGGGUCGGGCGAUUCGCGGACAACUCGGGCGCAACCCAGAGCCAGCUGACUCUCCCCGCCGCGUGGAUAUUGACAAUGCGAUUUCUGUCUCUUCGAGUGACGGAAUCACUCUUGUUGCUGUUAAAUCAUAG